UACUGGGGACAUGGACAGCAGGGGGCAUUGGGGGGGAAAAAGGAAAAUUCCUACUGAGAGACAUGUAUAACUCCUCCGAGUGGACACCCAAGCCCGGGAAACUAGUGGUCAACCCUCUCAAACCCUCCAUCCACUCAUUAGGUGACAUGAUAGCAAUAGCAAACCCAACCUUUGAAGAGACAAUGGCAGCUGAAACCGGGUUUUCUGACACUAAUCUGUGGCUUGAGUGGAUGAGAUUCAGUGCAAACCAACAUAACAGAAGCAACUGUUAUGUUUGUGGUAGUGCCAGGCCACAUUUAGGAACAGUCCCUCUCCAUAUUCCAAGAGAUAGUGAGGAAUGUUUCCUCAGCCUGUUUACCAAUACAUCCACCAAUCACUCUUCAUGUGAGACGUGGAAAAAGGAGUAUCCUAUAGUUACCAGAACCCCAAAGCCUGGAGAGGGUAUCACCAUAUAUCCUGGGAACUAUACCUGCUACUCUAAUUACCAGGGUAAGGGAAGGUUCCUGGGUAACUUUACUGAGGGAUACUGCUCCACUUACAGUGGUGCAUCAGGGAAGUUAACACAAAACCAAAUUCAGUCCCUAGGUGACAUAUACUGGAUCUGCGGGGACCAAAAAAUUAGGUCCAGAUUAGAGGGACCCUGGACCGGUGAAUGUGCCCUUGCAAAGGUCAUUAUGCCCCUCCAUAUCCUAACAGAGGAUGAUGCAUACACUGACCCAACACCAAGACACAGGAGGAAGCGAACAGCUCCCUCCGGAAGCUUUGACCCUCAUGUGUACAUAGAUGCCAUAGGGGUCCCAAGGGGGGUUCCUGAUCAAUUCAAAGCCAGGGACCAGGUAAAUGCUGUAUCCUGCCCUUUGUAAAGAAGUUAAUGAGCAAGGCUGUAGAUAACGGUACACCUGUAUUUCUCCACCAAGAAGAAGAGGAUCCCUUUAUGAAGGAAGAGGAUAAACCUUUCACUCCUUUACAGUCACUCCCCGUUCAUAAUUUCACAGUCCUAUAGUGAUUUAGGGAAAGGAUAGGGAAAGGAUAGGGAACCCAGUGGUGCGACCUGGGUACAGCUGCAGCGAACAUCCUCACCACUAGAGGCUCCGGAGAAAACCUGCUGGACCUUAGACUCCGUGCCCUGGGGAAUUUUGGGUCCUUUAGUUUGAGGGACAGAUAGAAAAUAGCCAUUUUAGGGGGGUCUGUGAAGGAAUGCAAUGAGCACAAUGAUAAAUUAGAAAAUGUCUAUUCUCUAUGCAUCUUUAUUAUAAUAUAAAGUUUAUAUUGCUUUUUUUAUGUAUACCACUGUUAUACUACUUCCUUACUCAAAUCAGCUCCUAAUCACACCCCCUCCAUCAAGAAACAAAGGAGAAGACCAAAGAUUGCGGACACCCCCCCCCCACUCCCACACAGCUUUUGGAAUGCGGAGGUGAAGACAUGUCAGAGGCCCGGCCAAGAUCGACACCCCAUCUAGUACUCUUCUUGUAUCUCGACCAAUUAGAUGCGCUUUCCAGUUCACAUUAACAUAAUAAUGACGUAGUAUCAUCCUGUAUGUAGAAGGUUUGUCUGCAAUAAACCAGAGAUAAAGUAGUACUUGAACUGAGAAGUUGUAUCAGUCAUUUAUUACCCGCGUGCACGCCAGUUAUCUGAACUUUUGAUUUGAAGCAGCAGUAGAAUCCUAAUUAACCCCCUUUGAGGUUAACCUAAAUCACCACAAAGUGACCUGGGAAGGAGAGCAAGUUGAGGGCGGAAGUGCAGCUUGCUUGAGGAGAGAGCAAUUAUCAGCAGCAGUAAACAACAGAGAAUAGUGGAGUUGAAUGAGCGGAGGAGUCCGGUAAUGCAGUGAAUACACAGUCACUCCUGUCAGUGAGGCAGGAGCAGCUACCGAAGCUCCCAGUGCGCCCCCCCUCCCCCCAGAUUAAGACACGCCCAGGGCACUCGACCCUUCCGCCCACCCCUUGUACCGGCCCUGCCUUCUACUGAAAGCUCCAGAAGUUAUCCUUCCCAAAUAAUAAACUGUAUACUUUACACAUCAUAUUCUAAAUAUUCUUGGUAAAAAUAACACAACUGCACACAAUUCAUUGAUUUGAAUAAAGUUUAUUGAUUAGAGAAUA